CUGGACCUCAACAUGCUCCUCCCGACCCGUGGCAACGCCCUGGCGGGGACCCUUGGCAUGAUCGCGCCGCCCCCGCUGCUGGACACACUGAGCUACCUGCUGCUGGCACUCCUGUCGGCCAUGCUGCAGAGCUGCAUUCGCCAGGCCACCGAUGCCAUCGCCGCGACCUCCAUGGCCCAGGUCACCUCCUGCCAGACGCAGCUGGUGCGCAUGUUCCAGACCCAGCAGGAGGCAGUCAACAGGUCCCUCGCCGUGCAGACUCGCGACAUCGCCUCCAUCGGUCAGCGCGCCGACGCGUUGGAGGCGGAGCAGGCCGCCAUGCGCAAGCAGAUCGGGGACAUCAACAAGGCCCUGGCCCUCGCCGAGAAGGAGCUGCCCAUCACGGACUUUCAGGAGCUGGAGGCGUGGUCUCGGCAACCCAACCCACGGAUCUUCUCGGUUGGGGCGCCGCAGUUGGUUGGACCCGCCCAAGCUCUCCAAGGAUUGGAGGAGUGGAUUCGAGCGGCUGGCCUCACUAACGACAUGGUCCGCAUCGACCCUGCGGUCCCCGCCAAGCGCUCCAACGUCUUGGUGCAGGGCGGCGACGGAGUCGCUCUCCCUCGGGCCCAAGCACUCGCACGGCAUCUACGUGACCCAGCUGGCAGGAACGGGUGGCGCUCCUUCAGCGCGCAGAGCGUCGGCGGAGGCGUCGUCCCGCUGUACCUCUCGCCUGACAAGUCACCGCAGCAAGUACGAAUGGAGAUCCAGUCGAGGAAGCUCUCGGUCUUGCUGGCAGAAGCUCUUCCUGAUCAGUCUUUCAGUGCUCAGCGGGCCCGUGGUAUCGUCACCUCCCAGGGCGUCAAGGUUGCCAAGCUCGAGAUGGGAGAAUCCCGCAACACCGACACCAUCAUCAGGUGGAACCCAGACAUGGUCGCCAGGCUGCACAUCGACAGGGAGUCCAUCAACACGCAGUUCAAGAAGGCCUUCUCCACGGAGGACAACACCGAGUGUACACGAAGCUCCACAUCAGCUCUGCCGGCCUACCGCUUCGACAUAGUUGCGGCCGGCCGCGCGGCGCUCCUCACGAUCACCGACUGCACGGGCAAGUGCAGCAUGCAGAUCUUCAACAUCCACAACUACGACCUCAAGCCGCACGAGUUCACCGCAGUGCAGCGCACCUGGUCCAGUGGCCUGGCGUUGGCGCGCCGCGACUCGUUACCCCGCAUCUUCCUGGGCGUUGGUGACUUCAACAUAGCUAACCGCCCGCCAGUCAGUCAACGAGCACCCACAGACACCACAGCUUGGCGCCUCCGGCCUGAUCACCGUUGCCAACUUCGGCAACCUGCGUGGCGCCGUCUAUUCGCUGCAGCUCUGGAGGUGGAGUCUCAGUGGCCGACCCACUACGACAAGUCCAGCAAGCAGCUGUCCACGAUCGACCGCAUCUUCUUGGGCAUCGACGCGCACGCCAUGCUCUCGGUCUCGACGAUCCUCACCACUGCGAGGGACGCGAUGGAGCUUUCCGAGGAGGGCAUCAGCGACCACGCGCCCCUCGUCCUGCAGAUCACUGCCGCACGCCAGGUACCACGAGACGAGCAGCCAAUCCCGACGCACCUCUUCAACCACAGGAAGUACCCUGAGACCUACACGCUCAUGCUGGACCACUGCUCCUUGGCGGGGGAAACGGCGGAAGGCCGCUGGAGAGCAGCGAAGCAGUGCAUGAAACUUGCAGCGCGACGCGUUCGUGAUGACCAGCUGCGGACCAACUUCUCCCUACGCGUCAAGGACUCCAUGGUCGAGACCUCGUACAUGGGCUUCAAGUCGGCGGCGCGGGCUGUCUGGCGACAGGACGCUGCCCUGGCAGGCAGGCUUCUCGAGUCCUGCCCUGCGCUGGCCGCCCACCUCCACGUUACCGACGGCACCGUGCGCCUCGUGGACCCCCACAGCUUCGCCACCAACUUCGACGCCGUCGCCGAGCGGGUGCACUCCCUGCGCAGGCAGGCGGCGGAGGCAGCAGCUCGGACGGCCAACGUGCGCGACAGCGCAGCCUGGCGGAGGGUUGAGCGCAAGGCCGCCAGGCAUGCGCAGCUCUGGGUCCCGUGGCGGCGACGUAUGAUCCUGUCGGGCCUGCGCGUGGACUCCGCACCGUGUGCCGCCAAGGACUCGAAGGUGGCUCAGCACGUGGUCUCCGAUCCCGCGGGCAUGAAGGCGACCGUAGCGAACUACUGGGGUGAGAUCUUCGCGAAGGUGCCGAACUCUGAACAGCUCAAGGCCUUGGGCGCUUUCCUGGACAAGCACGCGCCAAGGAAGCCCGCGGCGGAACUACCUCAACCAGCUCUACAUGACUUGGAACGUGCGGCCAGUAGGGCCCCGCCGAGCGCUGCGGGACCAGAUCAGCUGUCGUGCGCAGCGUGGCGCCGCAGCCCUGGAGCCUUGCAGCAUCUCCAGGGUCUCAUGGAAGUCCUCUUCAACGACGGCGUGGCCCCGCUCGACCUCAACUGGUCGAUCUUCAUCUGCGUGCCAAAGGGCACGGAGGAGGACGACGUCCCCGACUCCUGCGCGCGCACGGCCUCCACGGUGCGCACCCUCUCUCUGAAGAGCUGCGACGCCAAGCUGAUAGCGGCCUGCGCAGACCGCGGGCUCCAGCCCAUCGCCACAUCAUCUACCUCACCCGAGCAGAAGGGCUUCACUGCUGGGCGGCGCUUCGUCGACCACAUCCCGCACCUGGACGCGGAAUGCCGUCGGGAGGGCCUUCUUCCUGACGCGGCGACCCGCCGCCCCAUGUUCCUGUCGUUCGACUUCCGUCAGGCCUUCCCCUCACUCUUCAGGGAAGUCAUCGAGAAGGUCCUCCCGCGCUUCGGGGUUCCGCUGGGCUUCUGCAACGUGGUCGCGGCGCUCUACAGCAACUGCCUCGCCUUCAGCUCCUUCCGCGCCGAGGGCACCAGCGCGGAGUUCGAGCCGCUGUUCGCGCCCCUAUGCGGCAUCAUGCAAGGAUGCCCGCUCUCUGGCACGGUCUGGUGCUUGGCCAUGGACGCGCCCAUCCGCGCGCUGCUGGUUGCGAUUGCAGAGCAUGGGUUCCUCACGGCUUGCGCCGACGACCUCGGGAUGCUGAUCAAGAACGCUGUCGCCCUCCCUAGCAUCGACUACACCUUCGUCUCCAUAGAGUGUGCCUUCAACCUGCAGCUGGCGCUGCACAAGUGCGUGCUGGUUCCGCUGUGGGAGGAGCUCUCGGAGGACACACUGCAGGACGUUAAGUCUUUCCUCGCUGAGGAGGUCCCCCGCUGGUCGGGCUUCCGUGUCGACUCCACGGCCAAGUACCUGGGGCUGCUGCUGGGCUUCUGCAACGUGGUCGCGGCGCUCUACAGCAACUGCCUCGCCUUCAGCUCCUUCCGCGCCGAGGGCGCCAGCGCGGAGUUCGAGCCGCUGUUCGCGCUCCUAUGCGGCAUCAUGCAAGGAUGCCCGCUCUCUGGCACGGUCUGGUGCUUGGCCAUGGACGCGCCCAUCCGCGCGCUGCUGGUUGCGAUUGCAGAGCAUGGGUUCCUCACGGCUUGCGCCGACGACCUCGGGAUGCUGAUCAAGAACGCUGUCGCCCUCCCUAGCAUCGACUACACCUUCGUCUCCAUAGAGUUUGCCUUCAACCUGCAGCUGGCGCUGCACAAGUGCGUGCUGGUUCCGCUGUGGGAGGAGCUCUCGGAGGACACACUGCAGGACGUUAAGUCUUUCCUCGCUGAGGAGGUCCCCCGCUGGUCGGGCUUCCGCGUCGACUCCACGGCCAAGUACCUGGGGACUCACCUGGGACCAGGCGUCACAGACUUCGGCAUCUGGAAGGCUGCUGCGGGGAAAUGGUGGACCCGCUGCUGGGAACUGGCGCGCACUGGCAUGGCCACCAGCCUUGCGGCCCGCGCGUGCAACAUCAACGCGCUACCGUGCCUGUCGUACCUCGCGCAGUUCUACUUCAUUGUGCCUGCCAUCUGGAAGGUCGAGUUCACCUCCCUGCACCGCCUGCUGCGGCUGCCGCCCUCGUCCAUGCGCAAGGCCGACAUCCUGUCGAUGAGCGCGUGGUGCGGCCCCCCCUCGCCGACGGGCCUCUUCCCGUACACGCUCGCGGCGAUGAUGCGCACGGCGGAGAACACGGUUCGCGAAUGGGAAGCUCACUUUCACCACCUUCAUGAAGCUGCGGUGGAGCAUGUCCCACUGGUCGACGUGAUCAAGGGCAACUGGUCGCCGCCGCGGUGGCAGACGCGGAGGGCGAUCGUACAGAACUUCGCCAUCAUCACGGACACCUACGGCCAGUUGAACAUCCCCAGACCGACGCUCGAUGUGCUCCCGAUCCCGAUUCCGAGCAGGUACAUCAAGAUUGCGAAGGCGGCGAUGACCCUGGAGACGAAGGCGGCGGCAGCGGCCAUCCCCAACAGGAAGCCCAAGCGCCAGGCCACGGCCGCCAUAUCGCUCCGAGGCUCGCUGUACCCCGAGGACCUGGUGGCCACCAUCCACCGCCGGCUGCGCAGGUGGGGAGUCGUGUGCUCGCUUCCCGAGCUGCGCGAGAGGUGGCCUCCGCUGCGUGACAAGCUGACGGAGGUCCGCCCUGCAUGGAUGUGGUCGUGGAUCCGCACCGCGGUCAACGGCUGGACGACAUCUCGCCGCAUGAGCGCCGUCAUCGAUGCGCGUCCAUGCCUGUUCGGCUGCGAUGAGGAGGACGCGCUCGAGCACUACAUCGUCUGCCCGAUCCUCAGGGCGAUGACCGCGGGCGACGCUGGCGCGGACUCCCUGGGCCAUGGCGUCGAGCUCCUCGGGUUCGGCGACGCGCAGUUCCACGCAAGGAGACCGAUCACGGACUGCAUCUACUCGGUCGGCCUCAUGUGCCAGUGCUACCACAUCCAGAAGCACCGCGUGGACGUGGGCCUGGAUGCCGGAGCG